AUACAAUUUUGUCUAGUGUCCAUUCUCCCCAACGUGAAGACAAAACCUUUUGUUUACAUUUGUAAGAAAGAAACAUUGAGAACUGAACAAUGGCUUCUCCUUCUUCUUCCUCUCCUGAACUUCCUCUCAAACCCAUUCCCGGUGGCUAUGGAUUCUCUUUCCUCGGUCCGAUCAAAGACCGUUACGACUACUUCUACUUCCAAGGCAAAGACGAAUUCUUCCGUUCCCGAGUGACUAAAUACGGCUCCACCGUCUUCCGCGCCAACAUGCCGCCGGGCCCCUUCAUCUCCUCCGAUUCCAGAGUCGUCGUCCUUCUCGACGCCGUUAGUUUUCCGAUCCUCUUCGACACUACCAAGGUCGAAAAACGCAACAUUCUCGAUGGAACUUACAUGCCCUCCUUGUCCUUCACCGGCGGCAUUCGCACCUGCGCUUACUUGGACCCAUCGGAAACAGAGCACUCUGUUCUCAAAGGCCUUUUCCUCUCUUUUCUCGCCUCCCGCCAUGACAGGAUCAUCCCUCUGUUCCGAAGCUCCUUGUCGGAGAUGUUCGUUAAGCUUGAAGAUAAACUCGCGGAGAAGAAGAAAAUCGCCGAUUUCAAUCCGAUUAGUGAUUCCAUGUCGUUUGAUUACGUUUUCCGUCUAUUCUCUGAUGGAAAUCCUGAUCCGAAAUUGGCCGCCGAUGGACCUGGAAUGUUCGAUUUGUGGCUUGCCUUUCAGCUCGCCCCACUUGCUUCCAUUGGAGUCCCGAAUAUUUUCUCAAUUUUUGAAGAUCUCAUCAUUCAUACUAUUCCCCUGCCUUUCUUUCCAGUCAAAAGUGGUUACAGGAAGCUUUACAAAGCGUUUUACUCCUCCUCUGGAUCAUUUCUAGACGAAGCAGAGAAACAAGGGAUAGACAGAGAGAAAGCGUGUCACAAUCUAGUGUUUCUCGCCGGAUUCAACGCAUACGGCGGAAUGAAAGUGCUUUUUCCAACUAUACUGAAAUGGGUCGGCACCGCCGGCGAGGAUCUCCACAGGAAGCUCGCCGACGAAGUCAGGACCACCGUGAAGGAAGAAGGCGGACUGACAUUCGGCGCCUUGGAGAAAAUGAGUCUGCUGAAAUCCGUCGUGUAUGAAGCUCUGAGGAUCGAGCCGCCGGUGCCGUUCCAGUACGGGAAAGCGAAGGAGGACAUAGUGAUUCACAGCCAUGAUUCUGCUUUCAAGAUCAAGAAAGGAGAGACGAUUUUCGGGUAUCAGCCGUUUGCCACUAAAGAUCCGAAGAUUUUUAAGGAUGCGGAGAAGUUCGUCGGCGAUAGGUUCGAAGGAGAAGAAGGGGAGAAGCUUUUGAAGUAUGUUUACUGGUCAAACGAGCGGGAGACGGUGGAGCCGACGGCGGAGAACAAGCAGUGUCCGGGGAAGAAUCUGGUGGUGCUGAUGGGCAGGAUUAUUCUGGUGGAAUUCUUCCUCCGUUAUGAUACGUUUACUGUCGACGUUGCAGAUUUGCCGCUCGGUCCUGCGGUGAAGUUCAAGUCCUUAACCAAAGCCACCGUUAAGGUUUAAAUUAUGUUCUUUCAUUUAAAUUACAG